GUUUUCUGAAUCGUGUGAUCUGAGAUCCAUCGAAACGCAUCGACGAACGCGAGAGAGAUGCAGUUCUUUGGGGGAUCGACGGCGGUGGAGGCGAGUCCGGCUCCGGCGGCGCCGCCGGGGACGUUGACGGGGUUGGCGGGGAACAACGCCAACGUGCUGUACAUCUUCAAUAGGAAUGGCGUGUGCUUGCUCUACCGCGAGUGGCAUCGCCCUCUUCGCACCCUCGAUGCAGCUCAGGAUCAGAAGCUGAUGUUUGGGCUCCUCUUCUCUCUUCGAUCCUUCACCGCCAAGAUGGAUCCUACGAGUUCGGAUAAAGGGAACCUUGGAGUGCCAUUGCUUCCGGGGCAGGGCUGCUCGUUUCAUAGUUUUCGUACUAACACCUACAAGCUCAGCUUCAUGGAGAGCCCCUCUGGUAUAAAGUUAAUAUUGGUUACUCACGCAAAAACUAGUGAUCUUCGGGAGGCCUUGAGGUAUAUAUACAAUUUAUAUGUGGAGUACGUUGUCAAGAAUCCCCUUUAUGUUCCUGGAACUCCGAUCAAGUCUGAGCUCUUUAAUACAAAUCUUGAUCAAUAUGUGAAAACUUUGAUAUAGCGGCUGAGGUACUGUAAUCACACCCUUCUUUUUGAUUCAUGUGAUGCUGUGCUUGGCUGUUAUUUUUUGAGAUCAAGAAACAAUCGAGCCGUGAAUGCAUACAAAUUUUAUCAUAGGGGCGUAGAAGCCAUUGUUUCAUGAUCUGAGAACUUGAAUUUUGUAAUGGUGAAAAAAUUUAGCUAAUGUCACCUUAUGUAAGUGUGGACUGGACUGACUUUUCAUUGGAAAGUGAAUUACUGGUCUUGCUGUGUUUCUUGUGGAUAAGUUGAUGAAAUUUUCAA